AUGCAAAGAGAAAGCUGGGUAAAAAUACAAGAAGUAAAUAUAAAAUAGCAAUAAUGAAAAGGAACAAUGGAUAAUGAAAAAGAUAUCGACAGAAUUAGAUGAACAAUAAAACUAGUUUGCAAGCCAACUCUGUAGUGCAAAUCCCAUCAAAUAAUCAGCUGAAAAAGUUCUCAACAAAAGCAAGAAAGAAUUUCAAAGGAGAACCAAUAAUAAGAUCCAGUUUAAACCAGAAUGA